AGCUGUUCUAUCCCUCUGUCCCCUCCCCCAGCCUCACCCCUACCUCCCAGCCAUCUCCAUCCCUCUGUUAUCAUCCCCAGCCCAUCCCCACUCCUUAGUCAUCCCCGUCACCAACCCCAUCCCCACCUCCUAGCCACCCACAUCCCUGUUACUGUCCCCAUCCUCACCAGCUGUUCCAUCCCUCUGUGCCCAACCCCAGCUUCAUCCCCACCUCCCAGCCAUCCCAUCCCUGUUAUUGUCCCCAUUCCUGUCCCCACCUUCCAGCAUCCCCAUCCUCCUGUCUCCACCCUGUCUCCCUGUCCUCAUCUCCUGUCUCCAUCCCUGUCUCCCUGUCCUCAUCCCCACCUCCCUGUCACUGUCCCCAUCCCCUCCCCAGCCAUCUCUGUCCCCAUGUCACCAACCCCAUCUCUCAGACAUCCUCAUCUCCCUGUGACUAUCCCCAUCUCCCAGCCAUCUCGUCCCCACCUCUCAGCUACCCCCAUCUCUCAGCCAUAACAAUUACUGCCUCCACUUUCCCAGUGUCCCCAUCUUCGUCUCCACAUCCCAAUCAUCUCCCUAUCACCACCACCAUCCCCGCUUCCCACCCAUCCCUGUAUUGCCACUGUUUUUUUCCCCUCAUCCCAGCCAUCCCUGUGUUGCCACUGUCUAUGCAUCUCGCUGUCCCUGCAUGACCACCACCAUCAUCGACACAUCCCAACCAACCCCUCAUCAUCACCUCUUCCAACCUCACUUGCUGGAUCACACCGUCCUCUUCCCCGUGUCCCAGCCAUCUCCUAUCUCCUAUUGCCAUUGCUCCCAUGUCACCACCAUCCUCAUCCCUGUAUCAUCUCUGCCUCCAUCCCCAAUGUCCCAGCUGCCCCUGAGCUCACAUUGCCACGGCUCCUGCAUCCCAUGUUCUCACCCCUGCAUCACCUCCAUUUCUGUACCCACAUCCCAACGAUCCUCAUGCCAUCUCUAAUCCCACAGCCCUGUGUCACUGUUGGCUCUGUAACCAUGUCCCAGGCAUUUAAAAAACCUGGUUGACUACAUGGCUUGGGAGAUUGGUAAUGGUCUAUGGGGCCUUGUACUUCUAGGUCACUGGUUAAAAGCCUGUCUGCUGACAAAGUUGAAAGGCUAUUUGGUGGCCUGUGUGGAAUGACUUUGGUGGAUCUCAAUCAGUGGAUAGGUGCCCAUGUGACAAAAACAACCAUCACAAGUGACACUAAUUGGCAUCCUUGUUGCAGUCACAGCAGAAAGGCCUUGCAAGGACUGAAUGGGCUGUGGAGAUUGAACUCCCUUUCUUAUCCAUAGCUGUGAACCUUCUGUCAAUGGUGUCCCCACAAGCCAUUAUCUGUAUUAGUUGUUACAAUGAGUGCAAAAGAAAGUAAAGUACAUGCAUUUGUGCGAGUCAAGCCAACAGCUAAUUUUCCUCAAGACAUGAUCAAGUAUGGGCCAGACAAUAAGAGCAUAGAUAUUUACAUCAGGAGGGAUGUUAAGAAAGGAGUCGUCAAUAACAAGCAGACUGAUUGGUCCUUUAAACUGGAUGGUGUUCUUCACAAUGCCUCCCAGGAUUCGGUUUAUGAUGCAGUAGCUAGGGACUUGGUAUCCCAAGCUCUGGAUGGCUAUAAUGGCACUAUAAUGUGCUAUGGGCAAACAGGAGCUGGUAAAACAUACACCAUGACAGGAGCAACCGAAAACUACAAGCAUAGAGGAAUCAUACCCCGAGCUAUACAGCAGGUGUUCAGGGCAGUUGAAGAACACAUCGAUCAGUCCAUCACUGUCCGAAUAUCCUACCUGGAAAUCUACAACGAGACUCUCUUCGACCUUCUCUCCACUAUGCCUCAUGACAUGUCCGGUGACACUCACAUGGCUGUCGUGGAGUACCCACAGGGUGUCUUUGUGAAGGGCUUAUCUAUGCAUCCAGCCAGCCACGAGGAAGAUGCUUUAAAUCUCCUGUUUGAGGGUGAGACCAACAGAAUAAUAGGUGAACAUACUCUGAAUAAAAAUUCAUCCAGGUCCCAUUGCAUAUUCACUAUCUAUAUUGAGUCUCAUUCCAGAAUUUUGUCAGAUGCCAAAUACACUGCUUCAAAAAUUAACCUAGUGGAUCUGGCAGGUUCAGAAAGACUGGGGAAGACUGGGUCCGAGGGGCAGGUUCUGAAAGAAGCCACAUAUAUCAACAAAUCUUUGUCAUUCCUUGAGCAAGCCAUCAUUGCACUGGCUGAUCGUAAGAGGGACCACGUCCCCUUCCGGCAGAGCAAGCUCACCCAUGCCCUUAAGGAUUCAUUAGGGGGAAACUGCAAUACAGUCCUGGUGGCAAAUAUCUAUGGUGAAGCUGUUCAGAUAGAGGAGACUCUGUCUUCUCUCCGUUUUGCUACCAGAAUGAAAUGGGUCACAACGGAGCCAGCCAUCAAUGAGAAAUACGACCCAGAGCGGAUGGUCAAGAAUCUGGAGAAGGAGAUUGUUCUUCUGAAGCAGGAACUAGCCAUGCAUGACAGCUUGGUCAACCGUUCUCUGGUGAAUUAUGACCCUCUGAAUGAAAUCCAGAUAGCAGAGAUUAACUCUCAAGUCCGCAGGUACCUAGAAGGAGCCACGGAUGAUAUUGAUAUAAUGAACAUCAGGCAAAUCCAAGAGGUAUUUAACCAGUUCAAAGUGAUUCUAAGCCAACAGGAGCAGGAAGUGGAAGCCAGACUACGAAACAAAUACACCCUGAUAGACAAAGGUGACUUUGCAGCCAUUACUGCUGCUCAGAAGGCAGGCCUGGUUGAUGCAGAGGGCCAUCUAGUGGGGGAAGUGGACGGACAGGGCUUCGGGAUUGGAGUUGCUCCUUUAUCCAAACCCGGCGGGAAGAAAGUUAAAGCCAAGAAAGCCAAAGAGCAGCUUAGCCCCAUUACCAGGAAGGAAGGAUUAGGAAGCCCUGUUUUGGGGAAAGAUCUGGAUUCUGUUUCCCCAUCAAGGAGUCAGCUGGUAACUUCCGCAAAGGAUUUGGAUGUGAAGGAGGGACUAAUACGGGAGCAGGAUGCAGCUAGUAUUGAAACACAUCGCUCGGAGUCAGUGCCCAAGGAGGAGUCCCACCGACCGAGUUCCCCUCCCGCUAAGCUGGUGGCAUUUGAGGAGUUUAAAAACGAGCGAGGAAGUGAGAUCAACCGGAUCUUUAAGGAGAACAAAGCCAUCCUCAGCGACAGGAAGAAGAAAGCGAGCGAGAUCACCCACAGACUCAACCUAAUAAAACAGGAGAUGGACAUCACCAAACAGGCCCUCGGGGCCCAGAAGAAGGAGAGGGAGGAGCAGGGCGAGUAUGUGAAUGAGGAAGGACAGAUCAUAAUUGACGAGGAGGAAUUUUUACUGGUCAUGAAACUUAAGGAUCUGAAGAAACAGUACAGGUGUGAUUUUGAUGAACUGCGGGACCUGAAAGCAGAAGUCCAAUACUGUCAGCAUCUGGUGGAUCAGUGCCGCAACAGACUAAUCUCAGAAUUUGAAAUCUGGUACAAUGAGUCCUUCCUUAUCCCUGAGGAUGUGCAGGAAGCGAUAAAGCCUGGAGGCAACAUCAGACCUGGAAUGAUUCCCAUGAACAGAGUCCUGUGUCUGGUGAGUUGUGCUGGGGAGUCCGGCUGCCCUCCCUGCUUGACAGCGGAUGAAGAUGAGCAGGAGCGGUUUGACCGGCUGCAGGGGGAAGUGCUGCCAGCCUGUCCCGAUUCCACCUCUUUCUACAAUGCCAAAAUGAAGACUGAUCAGAAGCACAAGUAUUUUAGAGCCAUGGCCGCCCUCCAGCAAAUGCACAAGAAACCUGGACUCAUCACAGCUACGGUGAAGAACAAACCCCCGGCGGCGCUCCAUGUCAUAUAGCAGGGGCAGGACAGAGCCAUUUGCCUUGUGUUCUAUACAAGGAAAUGAACAAAUUGACCUCAGAAAACUGUCAGCAUUGAUUUCCACGAGAGACUUCUCAGAAAAUAAAACUGGGCUAGUGACAAA